GUUUCCCUCGUGGCCACGACCACUGGCGCGAGAAUCUUCCACCAGGACGUGGCCCCAAAGUUCUGUCGCCAUUCAGAAGCAGGCCGUCGCGGCAAAGCCGCAGAGACGUCUGCGACGCCGCGUCCAGGGCUCCAAGGACCGAGCCUACGUUUGGAAGGAUCACAGGAGGCUUCAAGAAGAGCGGUGCUCCAGUACAGCUGACUGUGGUCCGAACCGAUAUUGCAUGAGCUGCAGCAAAUGCGGCGAGUACCAUGCCUCGCUUCCACAGGAAACCCAGAGGCGGUGGACCUGCGAUCCGUGCCAAGAUGGCGCGAACAUUUGUGAGUCUGGGAAGUAUUGCACUGUGGCGCAAGAUCCGGCAGAAGGACAGUGCCCCACGAAGUAUCCCGGAUGCAGUCAGCACAGCGACUGCGAAGACACCGAGUACUGCUACUCCUGCAGCAAAUGCCAGGAGUAUAUCAAGACCCAUGGAACGAAUGAGACGAUCUGGCGCUGUGAGCCCUGCCCCACCGAGAAAGGCGGCUUCUGCUCGAAACUUUGGUGGUGCCCCCUCCGUCAGGACUCAAUCUCAGGAUCCUGCCCAGAGGAACCUGGCUGUGCGCGGCACUCCGAUUGCCAGGAGGGCGAGUAUUGUGAAAGCUGCGAGCUUUGCCUGGCUUUCCGGAACUCCCUGCCGGAGAGCGAGCGUCCCAAGUGGCCAUGUGAGCCUUGCCCCACAGUGGGCGGCGGGAUUUGCGAACCUGCAAGCAUCUGCCAGAUCGCCAACGACGGCAUCGACAACACUUGUCCGCUGCAGAAGGGCUGCGAUGCCAACAUUCAAUGCCGCCCCGACCAGUACUGCAUGGACUGUGAGAAGUGCGCAGCCUACCGUGAAAGCUUGCCGCCGGAGCAUCGCGUCUACUGGCCUUGCGGCUACUGCCCAACAGGACGCGGCGGGCUUUGUGAGCGGCGUGUGUUUUGCUCGGUCGCCAACGACGGCGUCUCCGACACAUGUCCUCUCUACGAAGGAUGCUUCAAGCACACCGACUGCUCGGACGCGGAGUUCUGUUGGAGCUGGGAUGCAUGCGUCCGAGAGGACACCACUGGUACCCGGAACUGCGGUGACAAGCCGAUCAAGGAUGGCUUCUGCAACCCGAUCUCCACUUGUGUUGCGGGCCGCAGCAUCGAUGGGCAGUGCCGUGGGACGAAGGCGUGCAACAGCCACAAAGACUGCGGCACCGACCGCGGGCUGUUCUGCACCAACUGGGAGACGUGCAACGCCCGUUCCCCCGACAUUUGUGGCCCUCGGCCAAUUCACCGCGAAGGCGUCUGCCUGCCUGUGGAGCAUUGCAACUAUGGCUUCCAUGCUCCCCUGCGCGGUGAGUGUCCGCCCUGGACGGCCCACAACGGCACUGCAGGAGGUCUCCUCGAAGUGCGGGAGGUCUUGAAGCUCAACGGCACUUUGAUGCUGGCGUCCUUCCACCAAGCCAUCAACAGCUGGGGAUCUCUUCUGUCUCAUCAGGAGCGUGACUACUUCCUAACCCAGCUGCACGAUUGGGGCUCCAACAGCACAGAGAGAGACGAUGCGGAGUACGUGGGCAUCUACGAGGCCAUGGGAGGCAAGCUGACGAAGCAGCGCCAGGCCGCGAAUGCCGAACGGGGCAACUUGGGGUUGAGGCAGGAGGCAAUAGUUGUCAAUACUAGUAAGUUACUAGUAUUGUUAUGA